AUUCGGUGUAGAGAGAGAAAGAGUGAUCGCUCGGUCGUCAUUCCACCCGCAUUCUGCCGACCCCUUCUCGCUUUCUCUCUCUCUUGAAUUCAAAACGCAGGAGGAAGCACUCGACGCGAAGCAAAAGCGAACAGAACGGCAGAGAGGAGAGAGAGAGAGAGAGAGAGAGUGGAGGGUUUCGUUUCUCUUCCUUCCCCCUCCCUUUUGUUGGCCAUAUUCCCUUCUUCCCCCCCUUCUCCCUCCGAAUUCCUCGCGGAUCCCUCUCCUCACUCUUGCCCUAAUUCACCCACUCCUCUCUCGCCUUCUCCUCUUCCCUCUUCUGAUCGCCGGUUCGUUGGACCUCCCGACGGUUUCCGGUGUUAUGCCCGGCAGCGUCAUCCCCGGAACUGAAGCCAUUCGGAUCCGGAUCUCGUCUCUCGUGUAGCCGUCCAAUCGAGGGGGGCUCGUGGUCGACGGCCGCUGCGGGGGUUGAAUUGUUUCUUUCAGGGCGCGAUCUGGUUAUUCGUCCUCGGAUCUUGCCAUGGAGGCCAUGGAGGAGUUGGUCCAACUCUCCGACUCGAUGCUGCAGGCGACCGCCGUGCUGGAUGAUGAGGAUGUGGAUGAGCCGUCGAGGAGGAAGGCGUCCACCUUCAUGAACGUAGUCGCUCUCGGCAAUGUUGGAGCUGGAAAAUCCGCCACGUUGAACAGUCUGAUUGGACAUCCUGUUCUUCCUACUGGGGAAAAUGGUGCAACUCGUGCUCCUAUUUGUAUUGACCUCCAACGGGAUAGUUCGUUGAGCAGCAAGGUUCUUGUUUUGCAAAUUGACAGUAGAUCACAGCAAGUUUCUGCAAGUGCUCUUCGCCAUUCUCUUCAGGAUAGGCUAAGCAAGGGGGCUGCAGCUCAGAGUUCUGGAAAAGGUCGCCCAGAGGAGAUCUAUAUGAAAUUACGCACAAGUGCAGCUCCUCCACUUAAGUUGAUUGAUCUGCCUGGAUUGGAUCAGCGGGUUAUGGACGAUUCCCUGAUCAGUGAAUAUGUGGGACAUAAUGAUGCGAUCAUGUUGGUUAUUGUGCCUGCUUCUCAAGCACCAGAUAUUUCUUCUUGUAGGGCACUUAAGGUGGCUAAGGAGUAUGACUCUGAUGGUACCAGAACCAUUGGUGUUAUUAGUAAAAUUGAUCAAGCAGCUUCAGACCAAAAAUCUCUUGCAGCUGUUCAGGCUCUUCUUCUGGGCCAGGGGCCACGCAGCACAAGUGAAAUUGAUUGGGUUGCUUUGAUCGGUCAGUCUGUUUCUAUUGCAUCAGCGCAGUCGGGAUCUGUGGGCUCUGAAAGCUCGCUGGAAACUGCAUGGAGAGCUGAAAGUGAAAGUUUGAGAUCCAUACUUACUGGUGCUCCACAGGCUAAGCUUGGUAGGAUAGCUCUUGUUGAUACUCUUGCUCGUCAGAUCCGUAAUCGGAUGAAAGUGAAGCUUCCAAACAUUCUAACAAGGUUGCAAGGGAGGUCUCAAAUGGUUGACGAUGAAUUGGUGAGGCUUGGUGAACAGAUGGUAACUACUGCUGAAGGAACAAGGGCCAUAGCGUUGCAGUUAUGCCGAGAAUUUGAGGACAAGUUUCUGCAGCAUAUUGCGACAGGCGAGGGUGGAGGUUGGAAGGUUGUGGCAAGUUUUGAGGGGAAUUUCCCAAAUAGGAUUAAGCAACUUCCUCUGGACAGGCAUUUUGACAUCAACAAUGUUAAAAGGGUUGUGUUGGAAGCGGAUGGUUAUCAACCCUACCUUAUAUCUCCUGAAAAGGGUCUGAGAUCUCUGAUAAAAGGGGUUCUUGAGCUGGCAAAAGAACCGUCACGACUCUGCGUUGAUGAGGUUCAUCGUGUGCUAAUGGACAUAGUCUCUGCGUCUGCAUCUGCAACACCAGGUCUUGGUAGAUAUCCUCCAUUUAAGCGUGAGGUUGUUGCGAUUGCAUCUGCUGCUUUAGAUGAUUUCAGAAAUGAGUCGAAGAAGAUGGUUGUUGCACUUGUGGACAUGGAACGUGCUUUCGUGCCACCUCAACACUUUAUUCGCCUGGUCCAAAGGAGGAUGGAUCGGCAGCGAAGAGAGGAAGAGCAGAAAAAUCGUUCAACAAAAAGAGGGCAUGAAGCUGAGCAAGCGAUACUCAACAGAGCGACAAGCCCUCAGACUGGAUCUCAGCAAAGCAGUGGAAGUUUGAAAUCAAUGAAGGACAAGGAUAAAACAAAAGACUCAGAAAAGGAUUCCAAAGACUCCUCUGUCUUACAAACUGCUGGUCCAAGUGGGGAGAUUACAGCAGGCUUCUUGUUAAAGAAAAGUGCAAAAACUAAUGGCUGGAGCAGACGGUGGUUUGUUCUAAAUGAGAAAAGUUGCAAGCUUGGAUAUACUAAGAAGCAAGAGGAGAGGCAUUUUCGUGGUGUCAUCAAUUUGGAGGAAUGUAACAUAGAGGAGAUUCCAGAUGAUUCUGCUGAGGAACCUCCAUCAAAAUCUUCCAAGGACAAGAAAAAGGACAAUGGACCUGAUUCGAAAGCUCCAAGUCUUGCAUUCAAGAUUACUAGCAAAGUUCCAUAUAAGACCGUUCUAAAAGCACACAGUGCGGUAGUAUUGAAGGCUGAGAGCAUCGCAGACAAAAUUGAGUGGAUAAAUAAGAUCAGCAAUGUCAUCAAUCCUUCUAAAGGAACAUCUGGAAAGGGAACUUCUGAGACUGGCCUACCCAUUCGACAGAGUCUUUCUGAUGGAUCACUUGACACCAUGGCUAGGAGGCCACCUGCAGAUCCUGAAGAAGAGCUUAGGUGGAUGGCUCAAGAAGUACGGGGUUAUGUUGAGGCUGUUUUGAACAGUCUUGCUGCUAAUGUUCCGAAGGCAAUUGUGCUCUGCCAAGUGGAGAAAGCAAAAGAAGAGAUGCUGAAUCAGCUUUAUAGUUCUAUCAGUGCUCAAAGCACGGGGAGGAUUGAAGAAUUGCUUCAGGAGGACCAGAAUGUAAAACGUAGAAGAGAGCGGUUCCAGAAGCAGUCAUCCCUCUUGUCUAAGCUCACUCGCCAACUAAGUGUACAUGAUAAUCGAUCUGGUGCUGCCAAUUGGUCCAAUGGAGGUGGUGGAACAACCGAGAGUAGCCCUCGAGCCGGCGGUAUAGGUGAUGAUUGGAGAACUGCAUUUGAUAGUGCUGCAAAUGGUACCAUGGAUCACUCUGGUUCAUUUGGAGACUCAUCGCGCUCUUCAUCUGCUAAUGGCCAUAGCCGAAGGUACAGCGACCCAGCCCAGAAUGGUGACGUGAGCACCAACACAAAUUCCAACAGCCGGCGCACACCAACUCGAUUGCCACCCGCCCCACCUCCAUCAGGCUCUUCGAUGUACAAAUACUAAACCAAUCAUGCUGUAUGCAGAUGGUAUAUCCCAUUCUUCUUGUGGGUGCAUAAUGCCCACCUUUGCUUGAGCAUGAUGCUGGUAUUAAUGGGAAGUUGGGGAGGCAUCUUUUGUAGUUUUAGGAUAGGAAUGCAACCCUUCUUCCGGACAGUGGGUUUCCAAUUUCUCGUGAAAUCUCAUAUAGGGGCCUUUUUUCUUCUCAAUGCUUAGGUAUUUCUCCAAUUCUUUUCACCCAUUUUUUCCCUUUUUCGUUUUCCUUUUUCUCCUUUGAGAUCUGCCCCUUUUUGUGUUUUCUGGUUUUCACCUUCGGAUGCUACAUAUGUAUUUGGUGUAUCUAUAUAUAAUACUGUAUUACAGAGUAGUUGGCCGAGCUA